AUGAAGAGCAAAGAAGAUCAAUCGUCUAUCGCAAAAGACAAAAAACCACAACAAAAUCAAAUGGAUAAUGAUUAUUAUAGAAAACCAGUUGAGAUUGCCGAGGCUUUGAAAGUAUGCGACAUUGAAACGAUGGUACGAGCCCUUGGUAAAUUGAGAGCUCAAUUAUCCAAUGCUAUCCGUGGCCGUGUUGAUCCCAUGGUCAAGUCAACUCGACCACUAGUGGAAUAUGUUCAGGGUUGCUCUGAUUGUGGGGAUCUGACAAGGUUGUGGGAUUACCAAUCUACCCAUGUUCAUUCGACUCUGCAUGACACCUAUUAUUCGGGCUUUUGGUCUUCAACUCAUUCAGACAAUAUCCUUUUUAAAUAUAUUAAACCGAUAUGCGCCGACUAUAUUGUUUACAUAUUAUACAUCCUUAACCCCCUACUUAUUUAUUACAUCCUAGAGAAGCAAAUGAAGUACAUUUACAGAGGCAUAUCAUCUAUGCGUAUCCCGCAAUGCCAGUCUACAUUUAAGUUAUUGACUUCAAUUUGCUCAUUCAAUCAGUCAACUGCACGAGAUUUGUUUCAUUCAUUCAAUUUUCAGACAGAGGCAAGUACAAACAUACCAAAAAUAAGACACAUGAGAACAUUAUAUAUAAACGGGUUCUUGAGAGCAUCUCGCUAUAGACAAAACAAAAAGAACAAUAAUGUUCAUAAUUAUAUAUAUGACCUGAGAACAAACUAUGUCGAAUUGGUACUUGCGUUUCUGAGAAACGGAGAUGCUGAUAUCAAAAAGCAGUUGCUUGGUAUCAAAGGAUUCGUUAGUGGUAUUCUUAGUGGAAUAGAAAAUGAUGCUUAUCCGUUGAUCAAAGAAACGCUUUCGGUGCUGUACGAAUAUCUUUUAAUGGACUUUAAAAUUUCCAGACUUGCAAAGACCCACUUUUUUUCAUCCUACAUGCUUGAGCAGGUUGCAAAAAUAUAUGCUCGUAACGAACCCGAACAAAUAUCAUCUACAGAUACUGGAAUACCUGCAGACUUAGCUCAUAAAUUCCUCAUUGAUGCAUGUACUGUACCUGGUAUUGGCGUCUGCUUCCGUGAUGCUGGCUGGUACCCCGCAAAUACUCUUGUUGACGGAAAUGUAGAAGAAGGUGUAAAAGGGGGGAAGAUUCAGAACCGCGUUCUUUCUAAAUUUAUCCUGAGUUUAAAGCCUGCCGAUGAUAUUCGUCAACAGGAACUUCUUUUGAAAAUUCUGACUGCUUGCCCUGAACUAAUUGAAAGCUACUGGAAGACAACUUCAAUGACCCUCGAACCCCGUAUUAGUAGCAAGUGGCUUGCUAAUGCAUCAUUGCUUCAAAAGACUAUCCAGAUAUCUCCACCAUCUUUCUACUACGGAGAUACCCAACUCUACCGUGCAACGCCACCAGAAAUUGAAACCAUACUUGGAAACACAAUUCCAAAUGUAUUCGGACGUAGUUUCUCUACAAAAGGUCUUUUACAUGCUAGUCCAUUAGUCCGUUAUACUACAAUGCUUAUUUUGGCAGCUGCAUUCCAAAAACAUGCCAAGGUCACAAAAGCAAUCAAUCAAGUAAUCUCAACCUUGGAAGACAGUGAAGAGAGUUCAAAAAUACUUAAUGACACUAUUGAGGAGCUCCCAUCAAGACAAUGGCAAAAGUGUUUGGAGGGCAUACGCGAAGGUUUAAGGCGUAGAGUCCCCGAGCUAUAUGUGUUUGUCGCUAUUCACAGUCAAACUUCUGGAAAAAAGAAGGAAAAGGCACCCGAAGGUGUGGACGAACAAGAAUUUGAUGCACAGAAUGAAAUGCUGGGAGAUAGUGCUUUUCGCUUGAUUCGAUACUACCAAGAAUUCUUGCCCGAAACAAUCAUGGAAUCCAACACAGACCCUAGUAACUUUGUCCCUUCUGAUAUCCUGUCUGUUCGUCCCAGCUCUCUUGUUCAUCUUCUUGAACUUCUCUUGUGCUCCCCAGACUUCAAGUGGACAAACAAAGCUGUGCUAAAAAAGAAUUAUUUGAGUGUUCUAACCCGAUUUAUAGCUGCCGACUCAUUUUCUCAUAUCACCACCUUGUUGACUCUUUACCUUCGUACACCUUACAAGCAUAUUCGAAACCUUACGGGAAAGCUUGUACACAAAACUCUUGCCGACUCCUUUAUGUUCAAGCAUGACCCAGAAGAAGUGGAACUCUGGCUUGAUGCUCUUCCUCAUAAUUUUGUUCGUUCCGGAAACGAAGAUGUAUCUCUUUCCGAAGAGCAAUCUACCGUUCUAAAAUUCCUUGAUGGUGGUAUAAUCCGAUUUGGAAAAGCACAGUAUAAAUAUUCAGAUCAAUUAGCCGGCCUUGUCGAAAAUACAAACAAAUCAGCCCUGGAAAAUGGAGAAAUUUCUAAAACAACAUCUAAUGCCCUCCUACGGUCCGUUAUCAGCACCAACGAUACAUCUUCUAUGGCAGAUGAUGGCACAAACGGUUUCUCCGAAUACACCCAUCCGUUCAGCCCUCUGUUGUUGACUCUUUUUGAAUAUUUUAAUCUUAUCAGUAUCGAAAAACGACCUAUCGUCCGAUUCCUUACCAAACUCAUAACUCUUUUGCUUUCGAAGCAAAAAGCCCCCUUUUACUUGCAGUAUUUUUCCGAGAAACUCGCAGAGACUUGUGAAACAAAAACUAUCUUAAACCCUCAAGAAAUUUCUGAGUGGGGCGUGAAUGAAAUGAUAACACAGACACAACAAUGUUUGGAACAAAAGACCAAAGAACCCUGUACUGAAGCGUCGGGUUUAGAUACCGAACUUGAGGGCGAGUUGAUCGCAUUGAUUAAAGAUCAUGAUACUGUUCCUGAUAUGCAAAAGAAAAUGGUUGAUAUGCUCGAAAUAUUACCCGUUAAUGUAUUUUCCAAGAACUUAAUUAACGUAGUCACAUUAUGUGGCCAGAACCUUGGGUGGUCUUCUUACGAACCUCUUGUUGCCUACAUCUCCGAGCGCUAUCCUCUUUCUGGAAGUUUAUUUGACAAUGCUGAAGUAAAAAAGUUGACUUCUAUUGAUUCCCCGGAACAUGAGGCCAUCCUUGGACUACUAAAAGCCAUACCAUUUACAACACUAUUUUACAAUGCAUGGGCACAAAAACAAACUAGCCGUGUUGUAUUACCUCUUAUGCAGAAUGCUAUGGAGAAAAUGUCACCUACAAAGCUAUCUCAUGCAAUUCAUUUGGUACUCGAACAUCUCACUAUGCUUCUUCUAUCCGAUACCAAAGAAAUCAAAUCGCCUCUUUUUCUCACCUUUGGUAUCUUGAGACAUGCACUGAAUGUACUGGAAAAAAGCCAUGACCUGAAAACGCGCCAUUAUCUUAAGAAUCUGGUGCUUGAUCAUCCUGCCUUAAAAGACGUAUUUACAAAGGUUAUUUCGUUAAUAAAACAACUGCAAAAUGAAGCAAGUUUUCCUGAUGUAUUCGAUACAUGUAUUCUUGACGUAGCUGUUGCCUACGUUGAUAUUUUAGGAGAUGGUUUGAAUGCGAGAGAGUUGAUGAACUCUCUCGUUCGUGUAGACUAUGACGCCUUGUUUGCACACUGCAAAAAAUCCAACAUCUUAUUUUUUGAGACUACAAUCCGAUUGCUGAUUGCACUUGUUGGUGAUGUCCGCCGCCGUUCCGAUUCAGAUAAUUUCGUAAUUCCUAGCGAAACAUUUGCUGUGAUCACCAAGCUAUGGGAAAAGCGCCCUUCACCAGCUCUGGAAGCUGAUAUCCUGUCACUAUUGGAAUUAAGCAUGACAAACGCACAGGAUCGAGAAGCACUUUCUGUUCUUUUGGAUGUAUGUUGCGCUCCCAUAAUCGGUCAUAUCCUUUCAGGAAAAGACACCAAGACAGAUAUGGCUGUUUUACGUGAAUCUUGUCAACGAUCGUCUGUCGCAGUAUUUGCUAUUAUUCUCAAUAGCCUCAAAGAUUCUUUGCCCUUGACACCGUCUUUGGUGGAGCUGAUCCAAAUGGGGUAUGACUUGUUCCCAGAAACUGCCGAAGAACGAACAGAUUACGUUCAGCAAGUUCUGGAACACAUACUAAAGCAGUUGACUGCGGCAGCAGAUGCGAACAAGAUGUCAGAUGUUGAACCUAUCGAAAAUUUCUAUGAUAAACUCACCAGUUUGUUGGAGAACUCAUUAGAGGACUUCGACUGGAAGAUUUUGGAUCCUGAGGUUGUUCGUGACUUUAUCCUUACUACACUACUCGACAAUAUUGCCGACGCAGAAGCCAUUCGAUUCACAACUGCCUUGACAAAGCGUGUUUACGAAAAUUAUGAAAAGAAUGAGCCUAUUGAAACUUACGUACGCCGUGUACUUGAUCAUGAUCAAUACCAAAACCUCACAACUCCUACAAUUCAAAAGAUCACUGAUUCAGAAGAACCAGAGAAUGAAACACAACGAAAGGCCAUUAUUUCUUUGAUCCACGCUCUCAACGAAAUCCAACCAAAUGUACUCAGCAAACACCAUGGUUUGCUUGAUCCUCUCUUGACGAGCUACAGUGCUACAACUUCAUUCACUGAUCGACUUAUUCUUCAAAUACUCAUGACUUGUGAACGAAACGGGCGUGAGACAAUUUUGCCUAAACUGUUAAUGUGGGGUCCAGGAUCUGAUAAAACACGUCAAGCCCAUGCUCAGGCUGGAACUCUUCUUCAGGCAAACACAAUUUCACUAGAGACAUUGGGUUUGGUUGAUCCUGGUCUGAUGAAGUAUACAUUUUCUCAUUUCCCCGUGGAUGCCACUCUUUCAGAUCCUAAGAUACCUGAUGAAAAUGAACAAAAACAGGUUACAUAUGACCCUGACUUUUUCUUGCCUUUGUUUGCGAACCUCAUUUCCAGCGGAGCAGCAGAUUGUCGCAAGUUUAUUGAAUGUAACGCACUUGGAUUUGUCAGUGUUUCAAUGUCUUCUCUCGAUGAAAAUGUGAGACGGAUUGCAUUCCAAAUCAUGGAUCAAUUCUAUGUGAUUCUUGAUCACGCCAAGUUUAGAGAACAAAGUGAAAUCCUGUUCUUGUUAGAUGUCUUUAAGAAUUCUAUUGUAGGAAGAUCUAGCAAUGAUGUUCCUCCUCGGAUACCUGCUGCAGUCACCGUGUGUGUAGCUCAUGCUCUUUCUAUCAUUCUUCACCCAGGGCAUUAUAUGCUUCCUUACCUUGCCAAAUGGAUGACACAAAGUGCGGCAUUUGAUUUUAACUAUGUUCCUCUUUUCGGAUUACUUUUCUCUUCUUCGUCAGAGAACCAUAAGAAGGAACGUUUGUGGAUGUUGCGUGUACUGUCAUCUUCAAUGCGUACAUACGAGGAUUAUAAAAUGUUUGCAAGACAACGUAUUUGGGAUAUGAUUGCAGUAUUUUACAGUUCUGCGUUGGCAGACCAAGCUAGCAAAAAGGCUAUAAUAGAGAUCAUGGAACAAGCUACAUCUAUUCCUUCUGUCAGUGGAAGUUUGAUCAAAUACAAUGGCCUUCUGGCGUGGGUUCAUCAAAUAUUGGCUUUAUCCCCUGAUGUUGAAGAAAUUCAACAAUGGAAGGACAUUCUUUCGGCCGCAGUCAAAACUGCUUCGACCCAUGAUAAAUUGCCUGAACACGUAAAGGAAAUACUCGCGGAUGAAUAUGAGGUCUUGAACGAUUUGUAUUAG